GCAAGUCGUGUGCAAAUGGCGUGGCGCGCCUAUCAGAUGGAUAAAACAAUGUUUACAUUUUUGUCAGUUUUUGUCAGUUUGAUGUACAAAUAAACACCAGUUUUUGCCUUCAUCUUACUUUCCCUUCAAGUAUCAAACCAAGAAGUCUACUUUUCUUACCUAUAUAAAUCCCACAUGAUCACAACUUCGAAAGGAAAACCAAGUACCAAAAAAAGAUGUCGACUUUUCCAAUCAACACGAUAGUAGUAUUAGUUCAAGAGAAUCGUUCAUUUGAUCACAUGUUAGGAUGGAUGAAAACACUUAAACCAGAAAUUAAUGGAGUAACCGGGACAGAAUUCAAUUACAUUUCAGCAAAUGAUGCAACUUCAGAGAAGUUAUAUUUCGGCAACAAAUCGGAACAUGUAGACCCAGACCCUGGUCACUCAAUCCAAGACAUAUACGAGCAAGUUUUUGGUAUGCAAUGGGAAGCAUCAACAGCUUCGAAAGAUAAUGUUCCGGAAAUGAAAGGGUUUGCUCAAAAUGCAGAAAGAUUAACAAAAGGCAUGUCGAGUACAGUUAUGAAUGGGUUUCAACCGGAUUCUGUACCUAUUUACAAGGAACUGGUUUCUGAAUUUGCAGUCUUUGAUCGCUGGUUUGCUUCUGUUCCGGCUUCCACUCAACCGAACCGAUUGUUCGUUCAUUCAGCCACUUCGAAUGGUGCAGAGAGAAACGAUACAGUGAAAUUGAUCCUGGGGUUUCCUCAGAAAACAAUUUUUGAAUCACUGGAUGAAGCAGGACUGUCGUUUGGAAUUUACUAUCAGAAUCCGCCUUCUACUCUUUUUUACAGGAACCUGAGAAAAUUGAAAUACCUUGGCAAGUUUCAUCCAUUUGAUUUAGAUUUCAAGAAACAUUGUGAAAAGGGGACGCUGCCAAACUACACGGUGAUUGAACAACGUUUUUUCGAUCUGAAAUUAUUUCCGGGCAACGAUGAUCAUCCUUCUCAUGACGUCGCAGAGGGUCAAAAAUUAGUUAAACAUGUUUACGAGACCCUCAGAGCAAGUCCACAAUGGGAGAAGAUGUUGUUUAUCAUAACGUACGACGAACAUGGUGGAUUUUAUGAUCAUGUCCCAACUCCUACUGUUGGAGUUCCUAGUCCAGAUGGACUAGUAGGUCCUGACCCUUAUAAGUUUCAGUUCGAUCGACUUGGUGUUCGUGUUCCAACUAUCAUGAUUUCUCCUUGGAUUGAACGCGGAAUUGUUGUGCAUAAACCAUCAGGGCCAGAUCCGACAUCAGAGUUUGAACAUUCAUCAAUUCCAGCAACAGUUAAGAAAAUCUUCAAUUUAAAUGAGUUUCUGACAAAGCGUGAUGCAUGGGCUGGUACUUUUGAAUCUGUCCUUUCUAGAAGUACUCCAAGAACUGAUUGCCCAGUGACAUUGCCGGAUCCACAAAAGACACGACCACGUGAAGCAGAUGAGAAUGGAAAGCUCAGUGAAUUUCAAGAGGAACUUGUACAGAUGGCUGCGACAUUGAAUGGGGAUUGUUACAAGGACACAUAUCCAGACAAACUAGUAAAAAACAUGACUUGUGCAGAAGGUUGCAAGUAUGUUGAAGAUGCUUUUAAAAAAUUUCGCGAAAAUUGCGAGAAUGCAAAGAAGAAUGGAACUGAUGAUUCUGAAAUUGUGUUACCAUUUGGCCAGCAAAAUGUAGAACUGGCUGAAAAGAGGAUUGCUUGCCUUGCUUGCAACAUUAUCUAAAUGAUAUAAAUCUAUUUUACUUUUUUUUUUUCUUAAUCUUUUGUGUAAUAAACUUGUGUUUGUGCAAGUCCUUCCUCACAAUUUAUGGAACUGAUGAUUCUGAAAUUGUGUGGAACCUAAUUUAUUCAUAAUAAAUUAAGUCUUGGAAAAACAAGUUGGACCCUUCAUUUUUGGGAACUUUUGGGAAAAUGUGUAUUACUUAGAUACUAUUUUGCAAGAUGCA